CUACAGCAAGCACGAGCUAGCAGAAGCAAAGACGCAUUGCCAUUCUGGGUUGAACUCUUCGGGCAUUGAGUGUGGCGUAGUAGAAUCAGCAGCGUCCUUGUAGCAAGCAAGAGCAAUGCAAGCUGCUUCAUCAGGAAUCGGAUACGGUCUAAAAUAUCAGGCUAGAUGCAUAUCGGAUGUAAAAGCAGACACAGAUCACACUAGCUUCCUCGCCGGCACUCUCAGCCUCAAAGAAGAAAAUGAGGUUCAUCUGAUUAGGCUUUCGUCGAGUGGAACUGAACUGUUCUGUGAGGGAUUGUUUUCGCACCCGAACGAGAUCUGGGACCUUGUUUCCUGCCCUUUUGAUCAGCGAAUCUUCUCAACCGUCUACUCUAAUGGCGAAUCGUAUGGAGCAGCUAUAUGGCAGAUCCCGGAGUUAUAUGGCGAGUUAAAUUCCCCUCAGCUAGAGAGAAUCACAUCGCUUGACACUGAUGCUUCUAAGAUUAAAUGCAUUCUUUGGUGGCCAUCUGGAAGGCAUGAUAAAUUGAUCAGCAUUAAUGAGGAAAACUUGUGCUUGUGGAAUUUGGAUGUUUCCAAGAAAACUGCACAGGUACAAUCUAAAGAUUCAGCUGGUGUGCUGCACAAGUUAUCAGGAGGGGCAUGGGAUCCGCAUGAUGUGAAUUCUGUUGCUGCAACUUGUGAAUCAUAUCUCCAGUUUUGGGAUGUCAGAACAAUGAAGAAGACUAAUUCAAUUGAGUGUUCCCAUGUAUGCGGUGUUGAUUACGAUCCUUGCAAGAAGCACAUACUUGUUACUGCAGAACAUGAGUCUGGGAUACAUGUUUGGGAUCUAAGAAAUCCGAAAGUUCCCCUCCAAGAGCUUCCAGGACAUACACAUUGGACAUGGAGUGUCAAGUGUAACCCAGAGUAUGAUGGAAUGAUCCUGAGUGCGGGUACAGAUUCAGCUGUUAACUUGUGGCUUGCUUCUACAAACCUUGAUGAGUUAACAACUGAAAGUCAAGCAGAUUCGUCUUCCCGUUGGGUUGAUCCAUUACUUAAUACAUACAGUGAUUAUGAAGACAGCAUUUAUGGGCUCACAUGGAGUUCUCGUGAACCAUGGAUCUUUGCAUCAUUAUCUUAUGAUGGCAGGGUUGUUGUGGAAUCCGUUAAGCCUUUCAUCUCCAAAAAAUGAAGUUCCACACCUAUUCCUUUGUUGCUACCAUUUGUCAUCUUCUCGUGUAUGUCGGUACUUUCUGCCUCUCGGGUCUUGAGAUACAUAGUCCUUGGAAAACCCAACAUGUAACCGUUGGUGGGUUUGAUGUGGCUGAAUAGUUUAAAUGUUUGAAUAUGCAAGGCAUCUUUGAUCAGGAAUCAUUGAUAGUUCACAAAUCAACAUUUUUUUUAAUCUUUUGACAUUGAAAUCAUUUCUAGGUUGAACUAUGUUUCUAGCCUUGGUUAGACAAUACACAUCCUUUUUGUGUAAUUCAUGGAGUCAUUGUGUAAUCUAUGGAACUGCAAGCUCUUUCUGUAUAAACUUAAUUUUCUUCUAACAUAUUUAACUUUAA